CUGAACUGCACUACUGUCACUCCAUGCUGAUAUUACAAGAGGUUCUUGGCAGAGUGAUUCUUGUAAUAUGUGUAGGAUCAUUGCAUCAGCCUGUGAAAUGGCAGUUUAACGCUCCUUAUAGAUUCAGAUAAUAUACCGAGCUAACGCGCAGAGGAGACAAAUUCUGCAGCUGCAUGCAACGACAGCAGCUGAGGUAACAAAUCGUCGCCUGAUUCCACUGGUCUGAAAAUCAACGAUAAGGACAUCGCCAUCUGACUCUUCAACAGCGUACGAUUUUUUUUCUCCUCUCCAUCAAGGCAUGACAGAAGGCCAGAAGAUGACCGAUAACGAAGCUGGCGCAAAUAAAGACAUUGUGGUUGAUGAGGCUGAAGGAAAGACAGAGAUAAAACCCCUCAAUGUACCUGCAGAGAUGAAGGAGAAUGGGGACAGCAAACAAGCGGUCACUGAGAAAGUGUCCGAAACCGAGAAAGAGUUUGAGCCACCGGAGGGAGGAUGGGGAUGGAUAGUCAUGUUGGCGGCAAUGUGGUGCAAUGGAUCAGUAUUCGGUAUCCAGAACGCCUUUGGUAUCUUGUUUGUGUAUCUCCUGAAGGAGUUCGGAUCAGAGGACGACAAAGACCUGCAAUUCAAAACUUCGUGGGUGGGCUCCCUCUCCAUGGGAAUGAUCUUCUUCUGCUCGCCCAUCGUGAGCGUGGUCACAGACCUGCUAGGCUGCAGGAUAACAGCCAUAGGCGGCGCAGCGGUAGCGUUGAUCGGAUUGCUGGCCAGUUCCUUCGUGACAUCCCUGGGGCCCAUGUACUUCACCUAUGGCAUUGUGUUUGCCACCGGCUGCUCGUUCGCCUACCAGCCCAGCCUGGUCAUCCUGGGCCACUACUUCAAGAAGCGCCUGGGCCUGGUGAACGGCAUCGUGACGGCGGGCAGCAGCGUGUUCACCAUGACGCUGCCCUUCCUGCUGAAGGUGCUGCUGGUGCGCGUGGGUCUGCAGAACACACUGCGCCUCCUCAGCAUCUUCAUGUUCAUCCUCAUGCUGGCCGGCUUCACCUACAGGCCCCUGCUGCCGCCCAGCUCCAAGAGCAAAAGUGGCGGCGUGAGCAAGAUCUUCAACAUCAACAUCUGGAAGUCGCUGGGCUACCGCAUCUGGGCUUUUGGCAUCCCCGCUGCCCUGUAUGGGUACUUUGUGCCUUAUGUUCACCUGAUGAAACACGUGGAGGAGCGAUUUGGGAAGGAUGCAAACAAGGAGAUUCUGCUCCUGUGCAUAGGCAUCACGUCCGCGGUGGGCCGUCUCAUUUUCGGCAGAGUGGCCGACUACGUGCCGGGGGUCAACAAGGUGUACCUGCAGGUGGUCUCGUUCCUGGUGAUCGGGCUGAUGUCCAUGAUGAUCCCACUGUGUCACGUCUUUGGCGGGCUGAUCGCCGUGUGCCUACUCAUGGGGCUGUUUGACGGCUGCUUCAUCUGCAUCAUGGCACCCAUCGCCUUCGAGCUGGUGGGCGCUGCAGACGUGUCCCAGGCCAUCGGCUUCCUGUUGGGCAUGAUGUCUGUGCCCAUGACUGUAGGGCCGCCCAUCGCAGGUUACCUAAGGGAUCGGCAGCAGAGUUACGACAUGGCCUUCUACCUAGCAGGCAUCCCACCCCUGGUCGGCGGGGCCAUGCUGUGCCUCAUCCCCUGGGUGGAGCGCCGGCGUAAGGCACGGGAGGCGGCGGCGGCAGCGGACGGCGCGCAGAAGAUGCUGGAGUACAAGAGAGACAGCAGCGGAGGCCAUGGAGACGGCAAGAGCACAGAGCCCGAGUCUGUCAUCUAAUGAGUCUCUGUGUUUCAACAAGAAAUCAUACACAACAGGGCAUUCAGAAGAGUGAAAGGCUGUAUGAUUUUAAAUUGUGCCAAGCAUGAGUGGAAUUUUGUGUUUACCAGUGUAUGCCUACUCAGUGUAUAUGGGGGAGGAAGGAAAGUCUUCAAGCACCAAAACAUAUCAAUGAAAAAGCAGGAGUGUGCAUUUCUAAUAUUAAUAUGAUCUCUGUGAGCUAUGCAUAGGGCCGUGGUUUUACAUCAAUAUUCCAGCUGUCGAGUGACCUUGAGAUUUUGAGGUGGAAAUAAGGAAAACUUGAAUUUUUUUUACAAGGGAAAAAUACAUUCUUCACCAGGGUGCUUUAAAAUGUUUUAUCAAGCACUUAUCUGACCAUGGAAAAGACACGUCCUUGGCUGAGAAGCAUUGGCUUUUGAGUUGUAUGAGGUAAAUAAUGCUUUAAAUAGCACCAGCCUCACUUAGCUUUCUAUAUUCAAUGACUUGUAGUUUCCCAAAAUGUCAUUUUUAUGAAAUAGUGCAUGCUUAGUUUUUUUGUUUUUUAACAAAGCUUUAAAAUUGACUUUAAAAAAUGUAGCCAAAGAAAUGUACAAGGUAAAUAUCUAUACUUAAAUAUCCUAUGAGAGAUAUGAGAUAUGUUUUUUCUUACAACAAAAGUAUUCAUACAAGUUUAUGGUAUUUUGGCGAAGUCUUUUGUAUGAAUAGCCAUUACAUAAGAAACGAGUAGUAUGUAAUUUUCUUAAGGAACAGGAAUGAAAUAAUGCUGCUCCUGAAUCCUUAUUUAGUUUUUUUGCUCUUUUUUAAACAUGAUGCUGGACCCUUCCCAUGUGAAUGUAUUGGUGACUAAGUAAUAUUAGACAGACAGUGUCACUUCAAAGAAGUGUGUUAUUUUUAGAGAUUGUGUCGGGGGUUCCUUCUUAGUUCUAAAUGUGCAAUAUCACAUUCAAGCACAAUAAGUGAUACGUGGAACAUGCCUUGAGAGAUUUCAGUGUGUCUCACACAAGAGUUCCUUUCUGGGCCAAAUGACAGCCUUGUUGCACAUAGUAUGUCUUAGAUGCUGAGCAAAAUCACUUACUUAGCUUCUGCAUACCAGUGCAGUCAGUGCUUGAGACAUGGUUGAUUUCUACCCCACUUUGUUUUGCAUAACACCAAAUAUUGCCAACAUUGUUGUGCCAAAUCUCUUACGUUUUAACAUGAAUAUUACAUAUUAGGGAGUCAUUUCAGGAGGUUAACAAAUUAAAUGUAUUCAAUGAUUUUAUACAUUUUUUCUGUGAUUAUUAGAACAAUAGACAGCUCCUUGAUAUCUAAAAUAAAUGCGUAUCUGUUGCCAUCAUAUAUUAUUAUUAUUAUACAUCGGUAUAUAGCCAUAUGCACAGACAAUGGAUCAAGCUCAACAGAUCCUUGCAGUCACCCCCCUUAAUCUACUGGUAGUACACCCCUAGUCUGCCUUCAAAUGAGAAAUAUACUUUGAAAUGUUUGUAUCAUCUGUACACAUUAGAAAUAUUUAUGUCUGUUUUUUAUGUGUGUGCAAAACACAUGCCAAUCAUUUUGUCGUGUUCUAAUCUUGUUGUUUACUUUGCUGAAGUAGCUUCUCCCCAUGAAUGAUUCUUAAUUUACAUCGUAUGUAGGGGAAGGUAAUAUUGUGCUUGUUAUACAACAUACAGUAUAUAUGCAAAGUGUCCAGAAUUUCCAAAAGUAGGUUUUACCUUUUGCUAUCUUAAGUACAUGAAGGAAAUGUAUUUCUGAAAACUAUAACUGAUAUUAAUGAUAUAUCACCAUGAUUGAUCAACUUAUUUAGGUAAUAUAACUCAUCCUGUUAGAAUGACUUUAAAUUGACAGUAAUUUGCAAAUACUUUAGUUCCAGAAGAACUAUUAACACAUUCAGAUACUGGUUUAUUAUUAAUUCAGGACAGUUUUGUAAUACCAUCUACCUCAAUUGAUGUGAUUUUUCUCUCACUUCAUAAGGGAUCUGUUGUAACACACCUGGUGUCUGUAUUCAUUGAGGCACUCAGUCUGAAUGAUUGACCACUGAGGGUGUGUUCAUACAGCUGUCCUUCUCAUCCAGAACACACUUACAUUUGUUAAAGGACAUGCUCUUAGUUUUUUUUCUCAGCAGUUUUAAUAUUGGUUUGUUAUUUUCCCUACACCAUGCUAGUGUUGACAUACUACAAAGUACAAACUUGUGUAAAAAGUUCACAUACUACAAAGUCUAAACUUGUAAAAAGUUCACAUACUACAAAGUACAAACUUUCGUGUAAUCUCACUACCCUAGCACCAUUUGACCCAAGGUUACACUGAAUUACAUUGUUUCCCUUGGAUAGUACUUGUACAAUAUUUCACAACAAUUUCAAGUUUAGAAUAUGAAUUAUUGUGUCAUAUACUUUUGUUUAGCCAGUGCAGAAACACAAAUUAAUUUAUCUUGGUUUUCUUUGUUGUUGUUUUCGUUGAUGUUGUUUUUGUUAUGAGUUGUGUGAUAGAAAUCAAAAUGCACAUUCUUUCUCUCCACAUAUUUUUGUCCGCUUAGAAGUCGUCUGCUUUUCCAUUUUGAAUAUUUAUGCAAUAUAUAAAUCGACACCACAGAGUACCUUAUUCAUUAGAUCAUAAUGUUUAUUUUUAAGCUUUUUAGGCAGAUAUUAAUUUGGGGAUGAGGGUAGAGUAUAUUUUUUUCAUGAUCCCUCAGUCCCAAAGUGAUCACCCAGAAUAAAAACACCUGAGUACCUUGAGUUCAUAUCAAGACCUGUAUCUGUGACAGCUAAACUGAUCUCAGAUUUCGGUCAUCACCAUCUGUUGAAAAAAUGGGAAAUAUCCCUCAUAUCAUUCUGAAUCCCUAGUAUUAUUCUGUGUUGAAGUUGGAGAAUACAUUAAUUCACUCAUUUUUGGUGGAGUAGUCACUGACAAACCAAGUACACCAGCCUACUAAAGCCCUUCUUUCAGUCAUCUAACUAAUGCUAGUGGAACAGGAUAAUCCAUAUGAAUAUCCAUAUGUUAUUGUCAUAUUUUGAUUAGAGGAAAACAGGGAAUAGCAUGUGAUGAAUCCUGAAGCAACAUUUUGAAGUAAAAUGACCAUCAGUGUGGAAAUUGUUGUCACACUGAAAAAUAAACGUCAGGAUUUGUUUUGUGUUUGCGUCCUAACACCCUUACUGUGUGCACGUCAUUGGAUCCCUUUACAAUCUUCAUUGGAUAUCACUAAUGGCAGAUUUUUUCCUGUGAAUUUCUCUUGUCUUUCUCAAAAAUAGUUAGCAUGAUUUGUUUUAAUUUGACUGGAAAACAUUCUACAAAAUAAAUAAAUUAUAUAUAUAUGUGAAUAUAUAUAUAUAUAUAUAUGAUAUA